AGAAAGCUACCAACCACCGGAAAAAAAAAAAAAAUUCUAUUCUGUCACUGAGCACAAUCGAGAGAGAGAGAGGAGUCUUUCUCUUUCUUUUCCGCAUCCAAACAAUUACAUCUAAGCUUCUUAAUUGCAAUCAUAUAGUAGAUCAACGGUUGAUUCUACCGCUUGGUUGGUUUGUCCAAAAGUUCAUUUUGGUCAAAAUUUAAAUUUCUUGUAGGAGGGAGAUGAAUGCCAUUUUCUUGUAGAUUAUUAUGCAAAUUGUCUCUUUAUGGCCUGGGAACCUUCGUAUGAAAGAGGGCUCCAACCCAAUACUUGUUACAUGGAGGAUGUUCUGUUGAAUACCAAAUGGGAAGAUGUGAUUUGUCCUAUAUGUUUGGAUUUCCCCCACAAUGGUGUACUCCUCCAAUGCUCAUCUUAUGAGAAAGGCUGUCGUCCUUUUGUGUGUGACACAGACCACCUGCAUUCAAAUUGUUUGGAUCGCUUCAAAAGAGCACAUGGGAUGUCGUCCCCUUCAACAUCUGAUACGAUUUCUAUAACAAACAUUCAGCUAACAGUAUCUGCAGACAAUUGCAGGCCAACUUGUCCCUUAUGUAGAGGGGAAGUCACUGGAUGGAUUGUUGUUGAUAAGGCUCGUCUACUUCUAGAUGAGAAGAAGCGUGGCUGUGAGGAGGAACAAUGCACAUUUGCGGGGACCUACUUGGAACUACAGAAACAUGCUCAGUUAGAGCACCCUCAUGCUCGUCCUUCAAGAAUUGAUCCUGCUCGGCAGCUUGAUUGGGAAAAUUUUCAGCAGUCCUCUGAGAUAAUAGAUGUUUUGAGCACUAUACAUUCUGAAGUCCCACGUGGAGUGGUUCUUGGAGACUAUGUAAUUGAAUAUGGUGAAGAUGAAUCUGGAGAUGAAUUUGAGGACUUCCCUGGUGAUGAGGGCAACUGGUGGACCUCUUGUAUUUUCUAUCAGAUGUUCGAUAACUUCAGGAAUUCUAGAAAUAGAAGGAGAUCAAGAGUCGCUGAUACUAGAAGGGGAAGUCGCCGCUCUAGUUAUGCAUCAUCAAAUUCUGAUGAGGUUUCAGUGACUUCUGUAGAAUUUGCAGAAUAUAGAGUAGAUGAUACUGAUGAUGAAUUUGUUAGCACAAGUGCCCCCUCCAGAGGUAGCUCCGGCUAUCGGAGCACUCAAGAAGAACUGAAGCUAAGGUAUGAUCCUGUAGAAGUGGAAAGCAAUUGGAUGCAUGCUGCAGCAGAUAGUUUUAGAUUUCAAAACGUGUAAAAAUACAUUUGGAACUUGUUAUGCUUGUGAUCAAGUGUUCUGGUUAGACUUGAGUUUCCAACAUUAGAAUUUAGAAUUUCAUGUUUGACCAUUUUCUUGUGAAAAUUAUUUUGCUUAAGAUGUUAUCCCGUCAAGGUAACCCCGAGAAAUUGAUUGAGGACAAAAAAGAAUUGGUUUUUAUUUUUCUUUUAACUGAAUUAUUUGUAUAUAGCUGAUUAUUGCAGACAAGUGGGGCAUUCUGCUUUCUUUUGUAUUAUUCUGAAAAUGACAACUACCGACUCCUAUUGGACUAUUUCUCUUUUAGCGUAUAUUCCAUAAUAAUAGGUUGCCUUCUAUGUUUUAUGGUAUGGUUUUCCCUCUUUGCAUCGUUGUCCGUUUGUCCUCUUUGCCUGUUUUUUCUUUACACUUGCAAGGUUUCGUUUU